AUUAUGUCUGUGUCAUAGAUGCAAGACUGCUGUGGCACACAAUGCUGUUCGAGUCCUUUCUGUUCAGAGAAUAUGGUAUUUCUGGCUGCUGUUUAUAAAUGGCAUUUUGUGCUGCUGCAGUACUGGGCACUUCAUUCACAGACGUGUCCACCCGAGAGACCUGAUUUUAACGUGGCCUUCACCAGACAGCCCAUCAUAUCACCAGGAUUGCGUCCGGCUGGCUUUCACAAUUAUGGAGACUCAGAGACUGCAGUCAUUUCCACUGUCUACCAAGUGCAGACCCACCCCAGUCACGUGACUGCAGUGUAUUCAGCCCUGCCGUCCCACUACAGACAGCCCCCUCCUUCAUAUGAUCAGGUCAUGCAGGACUUGCAGAAGAAAUAAACAGACCCUCAGCAC